GGCGAGACAAGCCGAGGUGCAAACGCGCGUGGGCCGCUCCGGCUCUGCCUGGCUCGCGCGGGGCCGUUGGAGCCUCUCCCGGGGCCGGAGAAGGGUCUGUGACUGAGAUCAGGGCUCCUAUCGUACUGAGCGUGGCCCUGUUCUGCCAGGCAAUGAACAGACCCCAGGUGAGAUCAGACCCCACUGUUGUGCCAGGCUACAGAAUAACAUCCACGUUCUGCUGCAGAUCAUCCCAUCCUCCCAGGGGGAAGGAAAUGGCUGCAAUGGAGCUGUCUCAGGGGCCGGUGACUUUCGAGGAGGUGGCUGUGUAUUUCACUAGGGAGGAAUGGGCUCUUCUGGACCCUGUUCAGAGAGCCCUCUACAGGGAUGUCAUGCAGGAGAACUAUGAGACGGUGACCUCGCUGGUAGGGUUUCCAGUUUCCAAACCUGAUGUGAUCUCCCAGGUGGAACGAGGGGUAGAGCCGUGGGUUCCAGACCUCCGUGGCUCUGAGAAAGAAGUGCUUCCAAGAGCUGCCCGCACAGGUGAUGGGAUGGUGAGUGAGAAUGAGGAGGAGAAACCCCAUCAGGAAGAUGCUGAGCGAAGAGAAGCACAUGGAAUGUCAUCAGGAAGAUCCAAAGAGAAUGUUUCCAGGAGUUGUGCACUCCCAGAAAAACCAAAAGCCUGUGAGACUCAGGGGAGGCCAGAGGGAAACUUUAGUAGCCUCUCAGACCUUAUAACAAGCGGUAGAAUCAACUUGGAAAAGACACGCUACAGGUGCCAUGAGUGUGGGAAAAGCUUCAGUCAGCGCUCAAGCCUUAUCACACAUCAGAGAAUCCACACAGGAGAGAUGCCCUACACAUGCUCUGAGUGUGGAAAAAGCUUUAGUUGGCACUCACACCUUAUCAGACAUCAGAGAAUCCACACAGGAGAGACGCCGUACACAUGCUCUGAGUGUGGGAAAAGCUUCAGUCAGAGCUCUACCCUGAACACACAUCGUAGAAUCCACACAGGAGAGACGCCGUACACAUGCUCUGAGUGCGGGAGAAGCUUUAAUCGGAGCUCACACCUUAUCGGACAUCAGAGAAUCCACACGGGAGAGAAACCUUACACGUGCACUGAGUGUGGGAAAAGCUUCAAUUGGAGCUCUACCCUGAACACACAUCGUAGAAUCCACACGGGAGAGACGCCCUACACAUGCUCUGAGUGUAGGAAAAGCUUCAGUCGGCGCUCAAACCUUAUCACACAUCAGAGAAUCCACACAGGAGAGACGCCUUACACAUGCUCUGAGUGCGGGCAAAGCUUCAAUCAGCGCUCAAGGCUCAUUAGACAUCAGAAAAUGCACAGGAGAGAGAAUUGUAAUAAAUCCCUUGACUAGGGUUGGCAAAAA